GAAGGAUUCACUAUUUACGUUUACAAGGCUUCAUAAUUUCCAUCGGUUACACAUUUUCCACAAGUUGCGUCGCAGCUCCAACGGUUGAGUAAGCAUGAUUAUACCUAUAACCUGCCCAGAGGGAAAGGUUGUAGAAUGGGUUCUCGUGGAGCUUCAAGGCAAGAUAGAGAGCCUAACCGAGGAGCAAACAACUGAGAUAGGCAUGCUCCUUUCCAAGGACCAGGAGGGCAAGGCACUGCAGCUCACCAUCGGCUACCACCAACUGGAGGGCAAGCGAGUGAGCCUCAAGAAGCCGAUGGCCAUCCUCAGCAAAAGCGACAGCAAAGCGCAGCAAGCGGGCGGCACAGCGUAUGAGGUGGUGGGGGUCAUCAGGCACCAGUACCUGUUCAAGACCCGGCCUCGGGCGCUCAUCUCCAAACCCGGGGCCCGAUGAGCCCCUGGUGCGCCGCGGACACUGGCUGGGGCGCCAGGCAGCCGCAGCAUGCAGCAUACGUGAAUUGUAAAUUGUAAUUGAAUGACCGUACAAUGGUUUCCUCCCUAAAAGGGAACACGGGUGAUGAGUUGUGAUGAUGGGUUGACCAGGGUGACCUGAUGCGUGGGUACGGUACAUGUUGGAUUGACAAAUGUGUGGCAUGGGUGUAUGCAGGAGGGGGCGCUGUUGCUGUGGGGAUGCCAGUGAGCAGCAGGCGUUACGGGAGCGGAUGGGUUAGGUAAACUGAGCCGCGAGGAAACGCUGACCGUGACCAUAGAAAGACCCGUUGACGACCCGUUGAGGGAUCGGGGUGCGUGCUGCAGCAGCGGUUAUACGGUUCUGCUAGUGUUGAAGCGUGUGAUGCGGAGGUCAUCUUAUGAUACAUAAUGCCUAUGCAAGGCAGUAUAAAGGAAUGCAUCACAGCUCUUGUACAAUUGCAGGUACGACACUCAAACUAGCGUCAUACCCUAAUAUGUACACGUACAUGCAUG